AUGAUAUUGAGUGAUCAGAUGGAGAAUGCAUCUUCCCCAAACCCUACCCCUCCAAAAUCCAAACAAACCUGCAGUUUAGAGCGUUAUCUAAAAGUUUCAGGGGAGGAUGAUACUUGGAGCUUUGCCUUCUCAGCUUCAUCUAGGAGCUAUCAAUCCACUCUUAAAUCCCAUAGUGCAGAUAUUUCUAUUGAUUUUGAAGAGAUUGAAGAAGAUGAUGAAUUGAUGACGGAAUACCCCUUCCUGUACUGUUCGGAGGAUUUUUAUUUACUUGGAUUGUGCUGCCAUAUCGACGAGGAGCAUAAUCUUGAAGCUGGGUAUGGGGUAUUCCCCGUUUGUGCUCAGAGAGUGGGUAUGAACAUGGUUGACCACAUAACACCACAACACGAGAAUAUUUUCAAGAGUAACCAUAAACUAUAUUUUCAUAAAGACGGCUCUUUGUCACCUCUUUCUUCCUUGAGGAAGGAAUUGCAUGAUGUGCAUUAUCAAACUCUUCUUUUCAUGUCAUGUUCUUCACUUUCUUCCUCCAAUACAAGACCCGAUCUGUUGCUUUCAUUUCUUUACAGUGCACCUCCUGCGGAUUCAUCCGUUUCUUUCAUUUUUGUUUUCUGA